AUGCAACAAAUAUCGAAAUCACUUAACAAUGACAGUCUGAUGGAGCGACACAAUCACCGCCAACGAGGCAAACUGAAUUAUUCACGUAGUUCACUUCAAACCUGCUCACAGCCAGAAACUUUAUCAGGUCGCGAUUUAAUGCGAAAUAGGAGUAGUAGUUUAAAUUUGACCGCUACUCAAUUAUUAUUGGUACGUAAAACUUGGUCUCAUGCAAGAAAUCAAGGUGCACUGGAACCGGCAUUAAGUAUUUUCCGGAAUAGUUUCUAUAAAUGCGGCGAGAUUCGAUCGUUGAUCAUGGAUGGAUCUAAAAAUAUGGGUUAUGAACGAUUGAAGAAACAUGCGAAAAGUUUCACUGAUAUUAUGGAUCGUUUGAUAACUGGACUGGAAGCAAAAGAAAUUAUAAUUGAAGAAUUACGAAAAGCUGGACGAGCACAUCUCUGUUUACUUCGUGAUAACUGCACCAAAUUUGACAAUAAAAGUAAUACACAAUUAAUUGGCUGUCCAUUUCGUCUAAUUCAUUUCGAUCAUUUCGCAUCAGCAAUGAUUGAACGAACAUUAGAAUGGGGUGAAAAAAAGGAUCGGAAUAAGACAACACAAACCGGAUGGACAAAAAUUGUUUUAUUCAUUGUGGAACAACUUCGGGAAGGUUAUCAGGAUGCAAUCCGGGAAGAAAGAAGAGAACGGCAAAAAAGAACCGUAACACAGUUAAGAAAGUUAAAUAUGAUGAAUGUCACAUUAGGCAAUGACAAACAAACCGUGAUUGAUAAUUGA